AUGCCAACAGCUGCUGUCGCUGCCACUGCAUCCACUGCAGACCAACCGUCGCAGCCUAAAAAAACUAAAAUCUCCGGAGAAUUUACACCCUCCCAACCUCAACAACCAAAAAAACCAUCCCGUCCUUCAAAAAUCUUUGCACCCUUCCGCUCUGUCGGGAACGUCACAGAUGCUACCCCCCUCGCUGUCACCUCACUCGGCCAAACUUUCGUAGUCACUACCUCGGUCGGUAACUUCUUUCAGAUUUAUGAUGCAACUUCUCUCCACCUUCUCUUUGUUUCAUCUCCACGUACUCCAGACCCAAUCACUGCCCUCUGCUCCCAUUUCCAUUACGUCUUUGCAGCUUGGGGUGCUUCCAUUGGUAUCUUCAAGCGCGGUAAACUCCAAGCUACUCUCUCACUUGAUCCCUCCAUUGCAACAACAGACGGCCCAAUUUCUUCUCUUGUCCUCUUUGGUGAACAUCUAUGUGCUGUCACUGAAACUGCCAUCUCUGUCUUCAAAGUAAACCCUAAAACCCCCUCCGAAGACCCAGAACUUUACACAAUCAUCCAUAUCCCCAAAUCCUUUGGCAAAAUCAAACAAGUCAUUCACCCACACACUUACCUUAACAAAGUGGCCGUCAUCGUCGACUCCGCAAUUCUUCUUUACAAUGUCCGCACAGGCCGCCUUCUCUUCUCUUCAGACCCUACCCCUUCCCCAAUCACUGUCGUUGAACCUUCCCCAGUCCUUGACGUGGUUGGUGUUGGUACCGCAUCUGGUGAUAUCCAUAUUUACCACCUCAAACAAGGCCGCGUUCUUUUCUCUUUAAAUGCUGCGGCUAGAAUCACCUCAAUGUCUUUCCGCACAGAUGGUACCCCCAUUCUUGGUGUUGGCACUGCUGCCGGUGACCUGCUCUUCUACCACCUCGAUUCCAAAAAACGUAUCCACAUUUUGAGAGGUGCCCACAAGGAAGAAAAUGGCGGUGUUGCUCGUAUCCAUUUCUUCAACGGACAACCCAUCUUUAUCACAAACGGUGGUGACAAUAAACUUGCAGAGUAUGUCUUUGAUCCCUCGGUAAUUACAGGAACUGAAACAACUGGUGUUGCUGCUAUCUCUGCCCCAAGACUUUUACGUUCCCGUGGUGGUCACUCUCUUCCUCCCUCUUUCAUCUCAUUCACAGAUGAAGAGGCCCACUUUAUUCUCUCUGGUUCCCGUGACCAGUCUCUUUGGAGUUUCUCUCUCCGCAAAGAUGCUCAGUCUUACGAGUUUUCCCAAAAGGAAAAGCGCACCAUCAAUGGCGGACCUGCCCGUGGUGGUAUUCUUGGUUCUAUGCAAAAUAAAUUCCCUGAAAUCACCGGACUUGCUUACCAGAAAAAUAAACAAGGUCGCUGGGACAAUAUCCUUACUGCCCAUAAUGGCCUUUCCUUUGCUCACACAUGGGACGGCAAGCGUGGCAUUGUGGGACCAUAUCAUCUCCCAACCACUGAUGGAGGCAUUGUUAAAACAGUUUACAUCUCUUCCUGUGGUAACUUUGGCAUUGUCGGUUCCUCUCUCGGAGGUGUUGGUGUUUACAACAUGCAAAGUGGUAUUCUGCGUAAACAAUACACCGGUCAUACCCAAUCAGUCACAGGCACUGCUCUGGACUCUUUAAAUACUACCCUUAUAACAUCUGGUCUUGACGGCCAAGUUCGUUUCUACGAUUUCCACAAAAAGACAAACACUGGGCAAACAAAUAUUGUCCACAAACUUCAACUCCCAGCCCCAGUCACCUCGCUUCUUCUUCACGAAGGCUCAGACCUACUGGCCGUUUCUCUCGACAACCUCUCUCUAGUCGUCAUUGACAUCCGCACCCGCCGUAUUGUGCGUGAGCUUUGGGGCCACAAUAACCGCAUCACCUCGUUUGACUUUUCUCCCGACGGCCGCUGGAUCAUCUCCGCAUCUCUCGAUGGCACAAUCCGUACAUGGGAUCUUCCCACUGGUGGCUGCAUCGAUGUCGUCAAGGUCGACAAUGUCGUGACAUGCCUACGUAUGUCUCCCAAUGGAGACUGGCUUGCCACAGCCCAUGUUCGUGGCGUUGGUGUGUCGCUUUGGACUAACCGUGCCCAGUUCCGCAACAUUUCUGCUAAAAUCAUCACCGAAGAAGACGAAAGAGAACACGGUAUUGCCACCAUUGACAUGCCUAACGCGGCUGGCGAAGGUGGCUCUAACAUCAUUGAUGGAGCCCUGGAAAGUGAACCCGAAGAUGAGGAAGACUCAUCUCAGUAUACUACAGUGGACCAGCUUAGUAAAGAUCUCAUCACUCUUAGUUUGCUCCCCCGCAGUAAGUUCAACACCCUGACCCACCUUGACGCAAUCAAGAAGCGUAACAAGUCCAAGGCUCCACCCAAAAAGCCCGAAAACCUGCCUUUCUUUUUGGGAAUGACCAAGGAAGGCAAGUCUGAGGCUUCCCGUAUUGGUCCUUCAAGUGCAUCUGACAAGUCAACCAUUUCUGGUUCUGUUGAUGCCACCGGUGCUUCUACUAAGUCUUCUACAAAUGAAGGUGCACUUUCUCUCCGCGCGGGCGAGAAAAUUGAGUUUGAAUCGCAGUUCACUCGCUUGCUCAAGGACUCAGCAAACACAGCGGCAUUUAUUGCAUAUCUCAAAUCACUUUCUCCAGCCGCUACUGACCUGGAAUUGCGGGCACUUAAGACUUAUGCUCCUCUGACCGAAGUCGUGGCUUUUAUCCGUGCCCUGACUGCUACUCUUGAACGUCAUACUGACUAUGAGCUUGUCCAGGCUUGGAUGACCAUGCUGCUACGAAUCCACGGUGAUAUCAUUCUUGCACAUGCCACUAAGAAGACUAAAAAGACCAAGAAGUCAAUCAAGAAGCAGGAAGAGAGCGGUGAAGAGGACGACGAUGAUGAUGACGAUGACGAAGAUGACGAUGGACUUUUGAUCAAACGCAAUGUCAAUGAUGACAGCGAUGAGGAAGAAGAUGAUGAUGACAAUGAGUGGACUGUGUACUUGCCUGAACUUGUGAGCGCCCUGAGUGCUUGGGAGGAAGUUCAACUUUCCGAAAGCAAUCGUUUAGGAGAGCUUACACAGUACUGCUCUGGUGUCAUUGACUUUUUGAAGAUUGCUUAG